AUGUUCCGCACAAAAAAAGCACAAAAAAAGGUGUGGGUGACCGAUCCAAAAAGACCCAUCUACACAAAGCCAAUUGCACAUCCACCAAGUCGAAUAUUGAAACAUCCACCCAAAUUUCAAGAUAUUGAAAAUGAAAAGCAGCAGCAAGACUAUGAUUCGGUUCUCCGGCACUUCCAAAACACAGAGCUUUAUCCAGUGAAGGAGAAAGAUUGCCCAAAGGACGAAUACAAGCCUCUCAAUGAUAAUGAAAAGGCAUGGCUCUCAAGGCAGUGCAUCCAACGAUAUCUACGGGCAUGUGACUGGAAGGUUGAUGAUGUAAUCAAGCGUCUGACGUGCUCGAUUGGCUGGCGGAGAGAAUUUGGAAUUGCGGGCGGUGAAUUUGAUACUUUGACAUCGGAAACUGUGAAAGUUGAAGGAGAAACUGGUAAAAUUAUCGUCUUUGGAUACGAUAAAGGGGGAAGACCAUGCUUGACGUUAUUUAAUGGGCGGCAAAAUACGAAAACAUCGUUUCGCCAGAUCCAACACAUGAUAUAUUUAUUAGAAAGGAGCGUUGAUUUCAUGCCUCAAGGUCAGGAUAAGCUCGCCCUAUGUGUGGACUUCAAGAAGUAUCCAGAGGCUUGUACAUAUGAGCCGAAAGUUCCAGCAGUGUCCGUUGGAAAAGAUGUUUUGCAUAUUUUGCAGUAUCACUACCCGGAAAGACUUGGAAGAGCACUUUUCAUCAAUAUUCCAUGGCUUGUGUGGGGAUUCCUCAAGAUUUGCUGGCCGUUUGUCGAUCCGUACACUAAGAAGAAGGUGAGAUUCGACGAGCCAUUUCUGAAUUCCAUAGAUGCAGAUCAACUGGCCGUAAAUCAUGGUGGUGAUGUUAAUUUCGAGUAUAAGCAUGAAGAUUUUUGGGAUGAGCUUGAUAGGCUGGCUGCUAACAAGAGACGUGUCGUUAUGGACAAUUAUCACCGUCUUGGAGGUGGAAUUGGGUUGAGUGAGUGGGAUUUGAAGCAAGGUGUUGAUGAUGUGGAUGUUGGGCUUGAUAUGCCUCCUGAGGUGAACGAUACAAGUUCAAUUGAGAACGUGAGUGAUGAAAGCGUCAAAAAUGCUACUGACUCUCUUUCCAGUGGAGUUAGUGCUAAGACUUCCGCCAAAGAAUCCACUAAAAGCAUGAAAAAUGUUACUCUGGCAGCAAAGGAACGAUUUUCUUCUGCCGAUGAUACUGUGGAUUCAAUAAAGGCUACUAAGAACGGUGUAAAAGCUGCUAAGAAUACUUCUAAAACGACUACGCCUACUAUUAAAUCUCCCGUGAAAGAAACCACAAACGAUUUCUCCCAACUAAAAGAUAAAAGAGACGGAGAUAUUACACAUCUUCAGUCUCACCUAAAAGGCGACAAAGACACUUUCUAUGAUGCCGCAGAGAAGCUGAAUGAACUCUCCAUAAGUACUGCUACAAAAGAUAAUUGA